AUGUCAUCCCAGCCACCAUCCAAUCACGAAGAAGAAGAAGCUGGUGCUCCUAACAUCCACCUGCAAGAUCACACCUAUGCCCGACAGUUGCCUGUAGUUCAGAUUCAGCCCCAGCAGGAAGAAGAUAGAAACGCCCAAGAAGAUGGAAUAGCACCUGAUGAAGAAGAAGCUCCAGUACAUGAUGAAGAACAAGAAGAUGGACCAGCAUCUGAUGAAGACCAAAACAACGGACCACAAGACCUUGUCAUAUAUGCAGAACCAAAAACAUACAGAACAAUCCCCGGCAUUAGACUCAACUCAAAAUUUUAUUUUGAUUCAAUAAUUGUCGAAAAUCGGCAAUGCAGAAAGUACACACGAGUAUUGUCAGUACAAUAA